GAGCGUUACCUGUUCAUGCAGGUAAGAGAAAGAGGUGAGCAACAGGUAAAGAAAGUCGGCCGGGCAAAGACGCUUGGAGGCAAAGAAGACCAUGGCUUUCUCCACCUCUGAGAUGGAUGAUGCCUUUGACUACUUGUUCAAGAUCAUUCUGAUUGGAGAUUCAAACGUUGGGAAAACAUGCGUGGUGCAUCGCUUCAAGUCAGGGAAAUACAAUGUGAAGCAGCAGAACACUAUUGGGGUGGACUUCACAGUGCGCUCCUUGGAGAUUGAUGGCAAGAAGGUCAAGAUCCAGGUGUGGGACACAGCAGGCCAAGAACGCUUCCGCACCAUCACCCAGAGUUAUUAUCGCAGUGCCCACGGUGCUAUUCUUGCCUACGAUAUGACAAGGAGGCCGACUUUUGAGUCUAUCCCUAAUUGGAUUAAUGAGAUUGAAAAGUAUGGUGCCGCUAACUUGGUCUUGAUGUUGAUUGGGAACAAGUCUGAUGAAACAGAGAAGCGCCAAGUCCUGUUUGAAGAUGCCUGCACGCUAGCUGAGAAGCACGGUCUGUUGGCGGUGUUGGAGACCUCGGCCAAAGAGGCCCAAAAUGUCGACGAGGUCUUCAUCCUAAUGGCUAAAGAGCUCAUGGCUAGAAAUGCCUUGCAGCUAAGUGGGGAGAAUGGGCCUGCAGGCAGCAUUUAUCUGGACACCAGGCCGGUGGUUCCCACUCAGCCUGACAAGGCUGAGUGCUCAUGUUGA